AUGAACAAUUACUACCUACGCUUUGUAAUAGGCAUUGUCAGCAUGUCAGGAUUGCUUUUACUAUCUUUGAUACCAUGGCCACGGCCGCCCCCUCUCUUUACUGGCUUAUCGGCGCUUAUUUUGGAAAUUAUUUCCACUUUUUAUAAAAUCGAGUACUUACUCAUGGUCUGGCGAUGGAUCAAGUACAAACCUACGAAGGCUGCCACCAAAGACAAUGAGUUACCCUUUAUCAGCGUGGUUAUACCAGUGUUUAACGAAUCCGAAUUCAUUCACAACUCUAUCGAAUCUAUUGUGCUCUCGGACUAUCCAAAAGACAAGAUUGAGCUCGUCAUCAUUGACGACGGCUCUACAGAUGAUACAUGGCAGCAUGUGAACCAAGCUGUGAAAGCAAUUCCUCAGUGUGGGAUAUCAUAUCGGCUUUUGCAGCACCCAGCCAACCUGGGCAAAAGGCAAGCCAUUCAAUCAGGCUUCAGUACAGCACUCGGCAGUAUCAUCAUAUCUGUCGACUCAGACAGCGUUCUAGAGAAGGGUGCGCUUCACAGAAUCGUCAGCCCUUUGAUGCAGGACCCUGCAAUCGGUGCAGUGGCAGGACAUCUGGCAGUCUUGAAUGUGUCAAGUCCCAAUACUUUGUCAACCAAAGGUUUCUUGCCGCGACUUCUCGAUAUCCUCUACGAGCAUAUCGGCAAUCUACCGCGCGCUGCACUGACAGCUGAAGGCUUUGUCACUAUUCUUCCUGGCGCUUUCUCAGCUUUUCGAGUAAAUGCCGUCCGGGACCACGUUGACAACCUGUGUACAAGCACCUUUCUUGGUUCGCCUCUGAAACACGGAGAGGACAUGGAGUUGGCACAUCAUAUCCUCAAAGACGGAUGGAAGACGGUUUACCAGAGCAACGCGGUUGUUCACACAACGGCUCCUGAAACUUUACAGAAAGCAUUCCUGAUGUUUUCCCGCUGGGAACAUCUAUCACAAGAGAAGCAGAUUGCUAUGGCGAUUGGUUAA